AUGGAUCCCCAUGCUUCUCAAACUCAACCAUCAGCGAGGAAAACUAUGACGACAAUAGUUGCCUUGUUGGUUUGGGCAAUUGAAAAGCCUAACUUUCCCCAAACACCUCCAGGGUGGCAACGGCUCGUGAAAAUUAGAGCUAGAGGAGGAACAAAAUUUGUAGAUAUAUAUUAUGUUUCACCAUCAGACAAACGGCUUCGUUCAAUUGUUGAAGUUGAAGGGUACCUUUUCCCAAACCCAGACAAUUUAGCUACCGGGAUCGAGAGGAAUAGAUUCUCUUUCAAAAUCCCAAGACCACUGCUACCAUACUAUGUCAGGAUAUGUCCGUGUCCAACUCGUCUUAUAUCUGCCGAUGAUGCUACUACUAGUGACAAUGAAAGUCUUGAAACCAUUGAUUAAACUUGAACAUAAUUAAUUGUUUUUAAGGGAACCAUAUACUACAACUUUUACAUUGCAUGAAACUUUUAUCCUUGAUUUAACCUAUUAUCUUAUCAUUCCAUGAACAUUUUCUUUGUGUUCUCGAAUGGUUUCUCAAUUUCGUUGCAAAUUAGUUGUUAAUAUGUGAAUAAAUUUGUAUGGCACUUGAAAA